UCCUUCGUCUGUAGUUCCAUGUGUUAGAUUCCUUGUCUCUCUAAACUCUCAAAUCCCAGAAUACAUAUUACCAAACUCCAAGUACAACUCCAACUCCCAAAAAAAAAAGAAAAAGAAAAAGAAGAAGAGAAAUAAACCCAGAAUUAUCCUUCCACUGCUAUCAUCUUUUUUAUCACUCCUAUUUGAAACAUUGCCUUCUUUCAUGGCUGCUGAGUCCAACUCAAGUUCCUCACACAACCUAAGAAUUUUGGUGGAAAGAAACCCAUCUGAAUCCCAGCUAUCUGAAUUGAACAUCAAGGGCUGGCCCAAAUGGGGUUGUUCACCGGGAAAGUACCAGCUAAAGUUUGAUGCUGAAGAAAUUUGUUAUUUAGUGAAAGGGAAGGUGAAGGCAUACCCUAAAGGCUCAUCUGAGUUUGUAGAGUUUGGUGCUGGAGACCUUGUAACCAUUCCAAAGGGACUUAGUUGCACUUGGGACGUAUCUGUUGCCGUCGACAAAUACUACAAAUUCGAAUCAACUUCAUCUUCUUCUUCUUAGUACUUUGAUUACUACCUCCUUCUUCUUCUUCAUUAUAAUUUCUCUUUAUCAUCAAUUCUUUCAAAAGAAUAUAUAUUUCUUUUUAGAUUGAGUUAUUUAUGCUA